CCUCGGCCUCGGCGGUGGCGGCAUGAGCGCGGGCCCGCCGGGCUGGUAGCGGGGGAGACGGACCGGCCGCCCCUCCAGCCCGGAGCCACAAGGAUGCGUCAGGAUGAAACGCCACAGGCAUCUAAGCAGCAGUGACAGUUCAGACAAUGAAAGUCCUUCCACGUCUUUCUCAUUUUGUUCUAAGUACAGGACCAAAUCAAAAACUCCAGCAAAUGAACAAAAGAAACCUGCUGAGGUGUUUCGAAAAGAUCUUAUUAGUGCCAUGAAGCUGCCAGAUUCUCACCAUGUUAACCCAGAUGAAUAUUACCUUUUUGCGGAUUCAUGGAAACAAGAAUGGGAAAAAGGUGUACAAGUCCCAGCUAGUCCUGACACCAUUCCACAACCUUCUCUCAGAGUUGUAGCGGAAAAAGUAAAGCAAGUACUGUAUACGCGGCCUAGAAAGUAUAUCCGCUGUUCCAACCAAGAAUCUUCCGAGCCUGGCUAUAUCAACAUUCUGGAACUGGCAGAAUCCAUGUGUCGUUAUGACUUGGACGACAUGGAUAUCUUCUGGCUUCAGGAAGUAAACGAGGAGCUUGCUGAAAUGGGAUGUGGGCAGCUUGACGAAAACACAAUGGAGAAGAUGGUGGAAGUCCUGGAACGCCAGUGUCAUGAGAAUAUGAACCAUGCCAUCGAGACAGAGGAAGGGUUGGGCAUAGAGUAUGAUGAAGAUGUCAUCUGCGAUGUGUGUCGAUCACCUGAUAGCGAAGAUGGGAAUGAUAUGGUGUUUUGCGACAAAUGCAACAUCUGUGUGCAUCAGGCAUGCUAUGGUAUCCUAAAGGUUCCUGAAGGGAGCUGGUUGUGCCGAACUUGCGUUCUAGGUAUACAUCCUCAGUGUCUUUUAUGUCCAAAGAGAGGGGGAGCCAUGAAAGCCACGAGAACAGGAACCAAGUGGGCGCACGUGAGCUGUGCUCUCUGGAUCCCAGAGGUAAGCAUUGCUUGUCCAGAAAGGAUGGAGCCCAUUACAAAAGUGUCCCACAUUCCACCAAGUAGAUGGGCUUUAGUUUGCAGUUUGUGCAAACUGAAAACUGGUGCUUGUAUUCAGUGCUCUGUGAAGAGCUGUAUCACUGCCUUUCAUGUCACAUGUGCCUUUGAGCAUAGCCUGGAGAUGAAAACAAUCCUGGAUGACGGCGACGAAGUCAAGUUCAAGUCAUACUGUCUCAAGCAUAGUAAAACCAAGCAGAGCUUGGUGCCUGAGGCAGAGAACAACCUCAAGAACACAAUAGAGCAGAAGCAGACAGAGAGCGAGAAGACCAGUUUGCGUGCUCAGAAACUCCGGGAACUGGAGGAAGAGUUCUAUUCGCUUGUGAGAAUAGACGACGUUGCGGCGGAGCUUGGCCUCCCUAAGCUCACUGUAGACUUGAUCUAUAAUUAUUGGAAGCUGAAGCGGAAAAGUAACUUCAAUAAACCCUUAUUUCCUCCCAAGGAGGAUGAAGAAAAUGGCUUGGUUCAGCCAAAAGAAGAUAGCAUUCAUACCCGAAUGAGGAUGUUCAUGCACCUAAGGCAGGAUCUAGAGAGGGUAAGAAAUCUUUGCUACAUGGUAAGCAGAAGAGAGAAGUUAAAGCUUUCUCACAGUAAAGCUCACGAGCAAGUUUUCAAUUUGCAAGUCCAGCUCAUUAAUCAGGAAAUUGCUGCAGGCCAUUCUCUGACAACUGCACUAGAGAACACACUGUUUUAUCCGCCUCCUAGAAUUACCUUGAAGCUAAAGAUGCCAAAAUCAGCACUGGGAGAUUGCAAAAAUAACUUGAAACCUGGGAACAAACUGCUUUCUUCUGACAGCAAUGCCAACUUUCACAGCAAAAAGGGUGCCCCGCUCUCCAAGGACACUUUUGCUUCAAAUGUGAAAUCCUGCUCCAAGUUUCAUCACGAAAAUAGAAGUAAUGGUGUAUUGGGCGGGAUUGGGAAGUCCAGGAAUGGAACGAAGGACUCUGAGCCUGCAAAUUCAGCAGGCCUCCAUCAUAGGCAGCUCUCUGGCAAACCCUUAGCACUUCAAGCCGCACUGCAUGGACAAUCUUCCAUUGGGAACGGGAAAAUCCAACAGAGCUCCAAACAAGCCAAAUCGAAUGGCGUAAUGAGAAGAGUUGGAGACAUCACUCAGCGAGACAGCUCUAGCCAAACAACCUACGAGCAGCAACAGCCUGUUCUGUCUGCCCACUUGGCCAGCCAGAGCAGCUUCAAGAAAUCCAACAUGGAACACUUUAGCAGGUCCUUCAAAGAAGCCACCAAGAGCUUGGUGAGGACCACAGAAGAUCUCAGGUGUUGCGAAAAGCCCUUGAGGAGGUUCUCCAUGAGGGAGCGUUCGUGGGGCAGGCCGACCCUGGAGUACCAGGUGGGGAGUGCCCCAUACCAGGACAAUGAUGGGUAUUGCCCCGAUGUGGAGCUCAGCGACUCCGAAGCAGAGAGCGAUGAGAACAAGGGACAGAUGAGACUUCGGAAAAGCAGCUCAGAGAGAGCAAGCCCAAGUAGAGACUUAAAUAGAGACUGUCACAGUAGAAAUAAAAGAAAUAUGGUUUCACACAGAUCUGUGCAAAGGUGAUGAUAUGCCACAGGAAUAACUUGGCCUUUGUGUGUCCAGGAGGAGAGACACGAGUCCUGGAUAUCUGCAGGUUUCAGCAUAGGGCCCUUAAGCAAACGACCGAGCUGUUAUUCCACCCAAACAGUUAAUGAGUUUGGUUUUUGGUGAGGAUUGGGAUUUCCUAAGGUGCUAUAAGUCUUUGUCCCUUCCAGAAAUUGUUUUGUAUCCCUGCUACCCUUUACAGAAUGUAAUACAUCGGGAUUGUCCUGGUGAACAAAAAGAAAGCCAUUCUAUCAUUUUCUGACAAUCUGCAAGAAAAGGAUGAGACAGUUGCAGCUACAACAGAAUCUCAUCUCAUUAAAAUACUUAAGCAAACCCUUGUUUUGUGGGGAGAUUGUGGGGAGUCACAAGAGUCUUCUCAAGGUUUUUUUUUCAAUGGGAGGUAUAUUACUACUAGGCAGAAA